AGCAAAUAAGUGAAAAUGUCUUCGAAUAUAUUUAAAUCGUUUUUGCUUUUAUUGUUAUUCCAACAAGGUGUAUUCGCAAAAUCAAAUGAUGAUACUGCAAUGAAAGCUUAUAGUCUUCGCAAAUCAUCGAGACAAGAAUCAGCUGUUUCUGAGGAUUCAGUGUACAAUUACUUGAUGGAGUUUGAUUAUCUACCAAAAUCAGACAUCGAAACAGGCGCACUAAGAACAGAGGAACAAUUUAAGGAGGCCAUACGAAAUCUUCAGAGUUUUGGCAAUAUUCCAGUGACCGGCGAAAUGGAUAGUGAAACGAAAAAACUUAUUAAGCGACCACGCUGUGGUGUCGGCGAUAAUAAUCAUUCGUUAUCAUUUUCACCCGACAACCUACAUCAUGGUCGUAUGAAACGAUACGUACUACAGGGGCCCAAAUGGGACAAAACUGAUUUAACAUGGAGUUUGGUCAAUCAAUCAAUGCCGAAUGCAGGUCAAGUACGUAUGACGCUACGCAAAGCGUUGAGUGUUUGGGAAAGUAACUCCAAGCUGACAUUCCGUGAAGUGUACAGUGAUCAAGCAGAUAUACAAGUAUUAUUUGCCAAACGUGAUCAUGGUGAUGGCUAUAAAUUUGAUGGUCCUGGUCUAAUUUUAGCACAUGCCUUCUAUCCAGGUGCUGGACGUGGCGGAGAUGCUCAUUUUGAUGAUGAUGAAAAUUGGGCAGUUACACCAGAACAAUUGAACGAAGAGGAGGAGGAUAGAGGCACUGAUUUACUAAAUGUAGCCGUGCACGAAUUUGGCCAUUCCCUGGGCUUGGGCCACUCUUCCGAUCAAAAGGCCAUUAUGUUCCCCUGGUAUCAAGGUUAUCAAGUCGACAGUGCCUUACCAGAUGAUGAUCGUACUGCCAUACAAGAACUCUACGGAUCCAAGGUCAAAAUAUGGGGCUCCUACAUACCACAGACAAGACCAACAACUACUACAACCACCACUACUACCACCACAACAACAAUGAGACCCUUAGUUUAUUAUCCACAAAAUAAUUACCCACAUCGUUAUCAUCCUCAGAAUAAUCCAUAUCCAAAUAAUCCACAACAUUAUCCCACUGAUCGCAAUAACAACAACAGUAACAGACAUCAUCAUCAACAUCAUCAUCGUACCCAGCACUAUCCAUAUUACAAUAACAAUAAUACACCAUCCCGAAAUUAUCCCUAUCCGGAGCAAAGGCCAACUACAACAACGUCUACAACUAGCACGACGACAUCAACUACCACGACAACAUGGCGGCCAAGAACUCAACCACCAACACGCCCACCAAUCAAAACGACUAAACGUCGCUUAAUUCAUCCCACAAAACCAAGAAAAAUUAAACCGGACAAUUGUAUGACCUCAUAUGACGCCAUUUCAAUGAUACGCGGUGAACUAUUCAUAUUCAAGGGCCAGUUUCUUUGGCGCAUUGGAGAUAGAGGUCUAUAUCCUGGUUAUCCCACCGAAACUAGACGUUUAUGGACUCGUUUACCCGAACACUAUAAUAAAAUUGAUGCUGUCUAUGAAAAUCGUGAACGACACAUAGUAUUCUUUAUAGGUCGCAAAUACUAUGUCUUCGACUCGAUCACUCUGAUUCAAGAAAAACCUCUGACAUCUUUAGGUUUGCCGGCCUCUCUCGAUCACAUAGAUGCUGCCUUUAUUUGGGGACACAACAAUCGUACCUAUCUCUUUAGUGGCACCUUGUAUUGGGGUCUGGAUCGUGAUACGGGUCGUGUUGAAUUGGAUUAUCCACGUGAUUUGUCGAUAUGGGCGGGUAUUGGUUACAACAUUGAUGCUGCCUUCCAAUAUACCGAUCAUAAAACCUACUUCUUCAAGGGCAACGGCUACUGGGAGUUCAAUGAUGGCCAGAUGCGUGUUGCCCAUCCCCGUAAAUUGUCAUCGGCCCAUAAAUGGAUGAAAUGCCCGCGAAGAUCGAAUGAUGUAGAUGAUGAAUUUACGCGAACGGCACCAUUGAUCUCGGAAAACGAUAAACUUGAUUAUAAUAUAAGUAAAUCUUCUCAGGCCAGAGGGUCCAUUAUGAUACUAAUUUUAUGUACCAUUUAUUCUCUAGUAUGGAGUUAGAUUUAUGUUAGAAUGAUUAAUAGUUAAACAUCACAUAAAUAUAGUUAAGCAAACGAUAGUUAGAGAACGAGUAAGAGUGAGAGAUUUUGAAAACUAAAAAAGAAUAAUGCCUAAAAUUUAGAUACACACACGUAUACCUACAACCAACAUCUAUACAAUUAAGACUAAAGAUGAUCUUAUAAGAUAAUUUUACUAACCAUAUACAUAUAGUAUAUUAUAGACAUAUAAAUAAAUAUAAACACAGAUAAAAUUAUUACUAAAUAUAUGUAGUUAAAUGUAUACAAAAUA